AAGAAGAAUUGUCAUAUUUUCUGCACAAAUCAUGAGUGGCAUAGAAUGAAAACAGGGGAGUAGAGUUUUACAUUAAUUUAUCUCCAGUCAUUUUCCUGCUUCUUAAUGCUUUUGGAUCACCCAGAGGGAAAACUUCUGAGCAGUUGGGGAAGAUCAUAGUUCAGGGGUACAUUAGGUACAGGAAGAUUUAUCAUUGUGUAGUGGAGAACGUCUCAUUUGACAGUAAUCUUUUCGUAAACCAUGUUUGUGAUGCGAUUCUGAAGGUGUUUGUCGCUGCUCCCUCACAAGCAACACUCAGAAAGGAAAUAAGUUUUUCUUUCUCAUCUGUUUGCAUUACGGCGAGGGAACAGUUUCAGACUUUGGAGAAGUCACUUGGAAUGCAGAAGCCAACUGAAAAUGUCUGAGAAUCCUGACAAGCCACAUUCAAGUGAGGAGAAAUUGAGUGGUGUGGAGGAUGAUCAAGAGGAGAGCUUGGACAACCCGGACCAGUCUAUCAGAAAAAGAAUACGGCAGAGCGCUCCAGGGUCGCACGGAAAUGAUACACCCAAGUCUAGUCCUCCUCGGCCUGUGUCAAUAGAAGAGCUCAUGGAAACAGCCAAGGGAGUAACCAACAUGGUGUUAGCACAUGAAAUUGUUGUUAAUGGAGACUUCCAGAUCAAACCAGCUGAAUUACCAGAACACAGCCUAGAAAAGAAAGUAAGAGAUAUUGUGCAUAAAGCUUUCUGGGACUGUCUAGAAGCUCAGCUGAAGGAAGAUCCACCGACAUAUGACCAUGCAAUUAAACUACUGGGAGAAAUUAAAGAGAAUCUCCUGUCUUUCUUAUUGCCUCGUCAUACUAGACUGAGAAACCAGAUUACAGAAGUUCUUGAUCUGGAUUUGAUAAAACAGGAGGCAGAGAAUGGGGCCCUUGACAUUUCUAAGUUGGUUGAAUUUGUUAUUGGGAUGAUGGGGACGCUCUGUGCUCCAGCUCGAGAUGAAGAAAUUAAGAAGCUGAAAGACAUUCAUGAAAUAGUUCCUCUGUUCAGAGCAAUUUUCUCUGUAUUAGACCUAAUGAAAAUGGAUAUGGCAAACUUCGCUGUCAGUAGUAUUAGGCCAAAAUUAAUGCAGCAGUCUGCUGAAUAUGAAAGAAAGAAGUUUCAGGAGUUUCUUGAGAAACAUCCAAAUUCCUUAGACCUUGUCACAAAGUGGUUGCAAGAAGCAGCAGAUGAUCUUACAAAGCUGAGAUCUAAAGCACUGCCUUCCCACUGUAGUGAUGAUGGUGCUACUGGUGGAGCGUCUGCCUUGUGCUCCACUGCUGUACAAAAUCAGGCCUAUCUGAAGCUCCUGAAGUGGGAUCAUGUAAACAGGCCCUUUCCAGAAACAGUGCUUAUGGACCAGACGCGCUUCCAGGAAAUACAGCUGGAGCUGGAGCAGCUCCUCAUGAUUGGGACAGUCCUUCUGGUCACAUUCAGUGCAGCAGGCUCAGCACUCGUUGAUAUGCCUGGAUUUGCAGAGAAAAUCAAAACCAUUGUCAAGGUGCUGCUGACAGGAAUGCAUCUGACGUCCUUUAACUUGAAGGAAUCUUUGGCUACCAUUGGUGAAAAGGUGUGUGCUGAGGUGAACAGCUGCCUCUCCCAGCAUGGCUUCACACCAUUCUCAGUGGAGAAAGAGACUGUACUUAAAGGACAAAUCCAAGCAGUGGCCAGUCCAGAGAACACCAUAUGCAAGCUCAUAGAUUCUCGAAUUCAAAAGUUUCUGGAGAACUAUAUUGCAUCUAGUCACCAGAAAUCGUUACCUGCUGUUCCUGGAGGAUUAGGUCCUAUUCAAAGAGAGCUGGAAGAGAUUGCUGUCAAGUAUGUCCGUCUGGUCAACUACAACAAAAUGGUCUUCAGCCCUUACUAUGAUGCAAUCCUUGGCAAAAUACUGGCUAAGGAAGAAUCCCAACCUGUAGGGAAGUCAGAGGCAUCUUAGAGCCAGUUUGUGUGCUCCUGGGGUGAUACUGUUGGCUAUUAAACAUUGCACCAACACUUGUCUAGGAAAACAGCUUUCCAUGUAAAUAUUGGUUCCUUUUAAUUCACUAGUGAUGGUUGAUGAAGAAAAUACAUGAGAUGCAAAAGGGAUUCCAAAGUAAAUGGUGAGAGAGAGAUGCAUUUUUAAUGUAUGUAUGCACCUGGGAGGGAUGUCUGGGGAGUUUUCUGGCUGUGACUUGUAAUUUUUGAGCUGAUGCUAGACAGGACAAGAUUAAGAACCAAACUUUGUACUUCAAGUGGCUCAUUUUAGGGCAUUUUACUCUUAAUUUACUGAUUAGCAGUGGUCCUUCCCAGAAGGAGUGAUCUGGCUUUAAAACAAAUGAUCUUUAAAGACUUAAGGAGAAAGCUAAAAUUCUAGAGAAACUUUAACAGGCAAAAAACAAAGCCAAACAGCACUUUAUUGUAACAUUAUGGUUAGUAUGGCAGGCUACUAAUUUUUUCUGCAUUUUACUGCAUUUUUAAUAGCAUUUUUUUGCUGUUUACCUGCAGAUGUUACAAAACAUAAUCUAUUUUUGUAGCAAAUUUUCUGGUUAUUGGGUAACUGUCCUCUGCUAUGUACAGUACUCACAAAGGUGGCAAUCUUAUAGAUUGCAGCUGUAUUUAUCUCUUGUAAAGACUUCAGAAGGGCAGAGAUAAAAUGUUUUGAUAAAAGUGGCAUUUCUUACCUUUUUUUUUUUUGCUAGUAGUUUACUCCUUUUUAUGUGAAAGACUAAUUUUAAAGUAACUCUUUUGUCAUUUUCAGAAGGUAGAUUUCCAGUGUGUGAAACUUGAGGCUGAAAGUGUUACUUGUUUUUUAAAACUACACCUGGAGAUGGUUUCAUAUUCAAUCACAUCUUCAAAAAUGACCAGAAAGUGCAGAGCACUAUCAGAAGUAAAAGAGAUUUUAAUGUUCUGUGAGAAGUGAAUGAUUUAAUGUUAGUUUGAAUAUACAGGGGAUAUUUAUUGGGUUUUUUUUUUACUUUGUAGAGGUGUUCUUGAAACAAAAUACUUGUAGGUCUUGAAUUUAAUUAGCUACAUAUUGUACGGGCAAGUGUUCACAGAGGAGCUCAGUGAUCUUACAGCCUUGAUGGAAUUUCAGACUCAGCUAGGAGGUAAGUACAUUGGAAAUGUUCUCCUAGUUGAGGACAGUACAGAGCUAGGUUACAGUAACUAUGAAAGCAAAGUUCUUACUUACAAAGAGGAAGUGUCCCAAGUACUAGACUAGUCAAGAUAGAAUGUGUUGUUUUCUUCAGAAGAGCCCAACCAGUUACAGCAAAUAAAUAAAGAACCUUUUAUUGCUGACAUCCAGGUUAAUUUUAUUAAUCAACUAGUCAGCCAAAAGAAGAGAACUUCUAGAAGGAAGCGUUGGUUCUGAAUCAGUGUUGAUGCUUCCCUUUUGAAGCUUUCUUUUAAAUGUCAGUGUGGAUGUAGCUGCACUGUGUCUGGAGGAAACUAGGAUAAUGAAGACCUUUUAAUCCUACUAGCCUGUGCAACCCCUUCCCAAAGGGAGACAAAACUACCAAAAUCCUGUAGCUCAGAUAAGUGAUUUUUCUCUUGGCUAAAUGUACUCAGAUAGUAAAAUGGAUGCAUGUCUUUGAGUCUUCUGAGUUAGGUUGGUUAGCCAGAAUAAAAAGUUCUGAGUAGGUUUUUGGUGUGAUCCAUUUUAUUUUUAAUUCAGCAAAGGAUACUACAGAGGUCUUCAAGAUUACUGCAUCUGCUUACUGUAUUCUGUUACUUGUGCAGGAUCCACCUCAAAAUACAGCCUUAUAGCUCUGCAGCUCCAAAAAUAUCAAUUUAGUUGUCUGUGUUAGGAAAGAGCUCCCAGAAAUGUUAUUGCUGGAGACAGGAAUAAAAGUAACAAAGACAAAGCUAUUUUCAUUUUUGUUAAAAGAGUUGCUGAAGUUACAAAUUGCUGUUGUAAAUGUCCAUUUUAGUGUUGCCCAGCAGCUGCCUUAAGGGCCACUGUGAGUUAGGCAUACUAUAAAAAUUCAGGUGCAGUGGGGAAGGAACUCAAAGAUGUGGGGAAGAACAUUGUCAUGGGGAAACAGCACACACAGAAAAGGCUUUGGAAAGUACCUGACUGAUGCCAGAAGGAAUGGGACUGAAUUAUCAAUAGAUUGUACUCACUCACUGUAUGUGAUUGCUCCCAGUUCUGUACUUCAGGGUUAUGAUGUCCAUAGUGGCCACCUCCUGCUUACUCUGACAUUGAAGAAUGGAUUGUUCUGUCACCAGUGCAUGCAUGUUGCUCGCAUGGUGGAUGUAGUUAGUCCCAUCUCUCUCUUCUCAAAGCAGGGGUUUGAUCCCAAGGCUUCGUGGAGGAAGAAGUGCAGUACCCAUCUCUGGCUCCAGUCUCCCCUUUUGGGGCACACACAGUGCCUCUGAGAGUGGGUGGUGUAGGCUGGUCAACAGUGAAGUUCUAAAGCAAUUAAGAAAUGCUCCCAAGUGCAGGUCCCAUGAGUGAUUUCCCCUGGCUGUUGGGUUGUUUUUUAAUGUUAGUGGGUGACAAUAGUUUGGGGUUUUUUCUAUAUUCUCUUUAAAGAAAUAGCAAAGCUGAAAUUCUAGGAUUGAUAAAGCCAGACCCAUGUGAAUGUUUCCAUGAUUAUCCAUGCACUGUUUCACUGUUCAGGCUGGUAGACUGGAAUGCUUUUCAACAUGCAGUCCAGGAUGGUUUUUAAGGGCUGGGCAGAGCACAGUUCUGGGCAGCCAGUUACAAGUUAAAAUCUGAAAGUAUGCAUAGAACCUGCUUUGAGAGUUCCUACUGUUUGUGUUAGCUUGUUCGACAAUAGCAGGUGAAGCUGUAGCUAAUCAGUUAACAUUUAGCUUUGCACAUUUAUUGGAAGACCACUGCAGUUCUCUGGGGACAGACCGUUAGCCACUAUUCCUGGACAAUCCACAUUAGAAAGGUGUACCCAGUUUGUCUGAUGCUGCUGUCUUCUUUAAACAGUCCUGGAAUGAAAAUCAAAAGCAUAUACUGUAUCCUCUAGAAAAAUGGAAAAAAAAAGCUACUUCUAUGAUGUAUGCUCUGAUCAAUUUCCUGUGAUGGUCUUAUUAACAUUGCUUUUGAAGUGGCUAAGUACUAUUUAAGAAGUAACUUGCUGUGUUUGAAUAAAACCAGAAUGA